GGUCCCACUCUAUGAUUCUUUUCUUAUUCUGGUUUCUUUGCCGGAGAACUUCUUUAAAGUAAAGGAAGGUCCCACUCCAUCGCUAGUCGCGUUUAGCGAUUAGCAGUUAGGGGCGUAUGAAUCUUUUCUUAACCUGGUUUCUUUCCCAGAGAACUUCUUUAAAGUAAAGGAAGGCCAAUGACCAGAGCUAUCACCAUCACAAAGACUUUCAGUCUUUGCCUCGCUUGACCUGCACCCGCUAACCGACAACUGAGUUUAGUCAGCUAAUGGCGGAGCCUCUGCCAUACGAAAUCUACGAGGACGAGGAGGGUUUUAUUCCGAUUAGAAACUCGCCAAUUAGGUCGUUAGGCAACGGAGCUCCGAAUUCUGGUCCAGUUAGUGUCGAAGAAGAGAACAGUAAGCGGAGAAGAGUACAACGAGAAGUAGAGACGCGCUCUUUGAUUGGUGAGGAGAACGCAGAAAGCUCUCAGGGGAAAGAGUGGAAUCGGACUGAAAUUGAUGGCCAUUUUUGCCCAAUUUGCAUGGAUGCUUGGACAAGUGAGGGCGACCAUCAUAUCUGUUGUCUUCCUUGCGGGCACCUAUUUGGAUUGUCUUGCAUCAGUAAAUGGUUGAAACAAGAACGAAGUUCCGCGAAGUGCCCUCAAUGCAACAGGAAAUCUACUUUGAAGGAUAUUAGGAAACUUUUUGCUCCAAGGAUUGCUGUGGUUGAUGAAGAAUCACAAAAGACAAUUCGAUCCCUAGAGGUCAAAUGUGCUGCUCUUGAGAAGAAGGAUGAUGAUUGGCGCCGAAAAGAAUCAGAAUGGCAAAGGCGAGAAGCUGGGUUGCAACUUAAAGUUAAACAGCUUACAGAGAGGAUAGCUUAUUUGGAGCAUGUAUUAGAAGAUUUGCAGAGCAAGUCAAAUGUAGUCGCUGCUACUAGGAACUGUAAAGGACAAUUCGUACCUGGAAAUACCAACUCAGAGUUCUGCAGCCAACGAUCUUCUUGCAGUUUUGUUUUAGAGAAAAAGUUGCUCGUGGAUGGGGCACGAUUAUUUGAAAUAGAUGCUUUUGGUCAAAUUGUAUUACUUGCUCGACGGCCGCCUAAGCUUGGUGGAUCACAUGUGCUUACCAAAAUGGAAUUGCGAUCUCCUCAUGAAAGUGAAGAUAUUUUUAUUCCUUCUAGCAUGAACAUCAUAAAGGACUUGCAUAUUUCUCCUUUUAAUGGAAGUCAUUUACUUUGUGCUUCGUUAGGCAAGAAGCUGUCAAUUCUCAGUAUGGAAAGCAACAAUUUCAUCCUUUCCUAUGAUUUACCAGCUGCUGCAUGGUCAUGUUCAUGGGAUCUUAACAGUUCACAUUACAUAUAUGCUGGACUACAGAAUGGCUUGCUUUUGGCAUUUGAUAUACGUCAAACUGGGAGGCCAGUAGAAUCCAGGUUGGGACUUACAAACAACCCGAUCCAUACCUUACACUCUCUUUAUGAAAACUCUCCUUCUGGUGGUAGAAGACUUCUAUCUGCUUCUUCCAUUGGCAUCUGCAACUGGAACUUUGGUUGUGCUGAAGAAAGGCCAUCAUUGGUUCCUCAAACAGGGAAUCAGGGAGUUUGUAUAUCUGUUGCCUAUUGUCCCAGCAGCGAUGACAUUGUUGCUACAUAUCGUCCCAGAGUUGAAAUGUCCAGUGAGAUGACUGUUUCUCAGCCAUCACUUACGCCUUCUCCUGUUGCUGGACAAGGAGUGCUGGGUUCCCAGCUUCAUUUGAAGAGAGUGGGUGAUGAGUAUCAAGAGUUGGGUACUGCAUGUGCCACUGUAAGUAAUAUUCGACUGCCUAAAUCCGUCAUCAUAGACAUAGAGAACCAGAAACCACUAUUUGCAGCUGGGGACGAAGCAACAUGUGGAUUGAUCUUGCAAGAGUUGCCAUCUUUUACUUUCGUUCAACGUCUAAUGUCACACAAGCAUCCUAUAUGUGAUGUGAAGUAUACAAGCACACUACAGCCUGGUUUACUUGGCUGUUUGAGUUCUGAUAUGUUGCAGCUUUUCAGUAGCAAUCUCUCAUAAGUUAUGUGAAAGGUAAACAUGUUUUCAGAAUCAUAUUCUAUGUAUUUUUAUGUUAUCACACUAUUUUGUCAUCCCUUAUCAUAAAUGUCUACUCUUCAAGUAUAUUCUGGAUACUUCACUAAUAUCAUCAGAAAGCACUACACCUGCAAUCAGGAUCAUCACACAAUUGGGUUUCUAUUGAAUGCUGCAAUCGACAUCCAAAAUGUAUACUGAGAGGCAAACUAAAUAAACAUGUCAUAAUUUAGGGAUUGUUGGAAGUUAGGGAUUUGAGAAAUCUGUUUUUUUGA